AUGAAGCUCGUUGUCGGACUCGCUUUGAUCGCUGGCGUUCUCAGCGCCCCAACAACCCCUCUCACCGAUCGCCAGGUCCAUAUCGGAGCCCCCGCAGGUGUAGCAGGCACAAGCGUUGGAUUUGGUGGCUCUGUCGGUGUCGGAGCCCACGUUGGAGCCGGUGCUGGCGUGGGAGGUGGAAUUGGUAUUCGCGAGGUUUCCGAGUCCAAGGAAUCUGCCAACGCCCCUGCCCUUGAGACUCGCCAGCUCCACAUUGGCAUCCCGGCGGGUGCAACAGGUGCAGGUGCUGGUGUUGGAGGUUCCGUUGGAGGUUCCGUUGGCGUCGGAGCCCAUGUUGGUGCUGGCGUGGGCGGAGGCAUUGGCAUCCGCGAGGUCUCUUCUGAGUCUGAUGACUCUGCCAGCACUGCCAACCUCGAGGCUCGACAGCUUCAUAUUGGUAUCCCGGCUGGCGCAGUCGGUGCCGGUGUUGGCGUCGGAGGUUCUGCCUCUGUUGGAGGCCAUGUUGGAGGCGGAGUCGGAGCUGGAAUUGGUAUCCGUGAAGCAUCUCAAUAG